AUGGAAAUAGAGUACCUGGAAGAAAAUUUUGAGCCGAAAAGUGUAAAAGUGGCACAACUGCGUCGUAUCCUGGUGGAAAACGACGUAGCACUUUCUCCAGGACUUAAGAAAGCCGAGUUAUGCGCUUUAUUUGAGCAGCACAUCAGACCUAAAAGAGCCGAGCUUCUUCGAGAGCAGAGCAGCGAGCAUGUGAAAGAUGAGAUUGAACGGGCUACAACGGAUUCGAGCUUCUCACGAGAUAUUUCUUCGGAGGACUCGGCCUUUUCCCACGUCAACGACUUUCAAAGGAAAAGCAACUCCAGCAGGAAGAGCUCCCGGAAACGUAAGGUUGAAGACACGGAUCCUGUCAGUACGGAUGCUCCAAAGACUAAAAAACGAGGUAAACGUAAAAUGGCCACACCAUCGUGGGACUCUGAGGAAGAAACCUCCAAGCCAGUUGGGUCACCUUUGGUAAAUAAAGUUCGUUCAAAAAGCCCUAUGAAAGGCUCUCCACAUAGGUCCUUGAUCAUAGAUAAGUUCGAGUCGUCAUCUUCGCCUUCGCCGGUUUCGACCCCCGGGAAUGUCUCGUCCAAUGCGGAUAUCUGGGAUUUCUCUGUCAAACGAAGGACGGCCUCGCCGGAUUUUUCGAAACUUAAAGUGAGCUCUGAGUUUGCUAAACAAUUGGCAAAAGCUUCAGGGAAUCCCUCCCAGACUCCUCUGAAGGCACCUGUCAAGGAAAGUCAACGCUUCUCUGAGGACGCAGAAUCCACCGAAAACUCGUUUCACGAUUUGCCAGCCUUCUCCCACACCCAAGGCAAUACCCUGGAGGAAAAACCCCCUUCGGAAGGAUCGACACCCUCAAAAGGCUCUUCUCCUUCAAGUACUUCGAAAGAUUCAACACCGAUCAAAGAUAACGAUUCCGCAGCACCUGAGGAAAACGUUCUGAACAGGGAAGACACCAGCAUUUCAGAGCAAAAUUCAGAUGAGAACUCUGCAGACAUCAAGGAGGAAAAUGAAACUAUUGAAUCGUCGGAAGUUGAAGAUAACGAAGAAUCGAUAACCCUUGAAGACCUCGACCACGAGAUAAGUGAAGCCAAGAUCACAACACCUGAGCUGGCGACUGCAGAUGAUGUCAAAAGAGUGGAGGGUAUGAUUGAGAGCCAAAGUGAUGGGCGAAGCAAUGUGGAGUUGGGCAAACGUGCUUCGCUCCCCAGAGCGCCUGUCCGUUUCGUCAAAAAGUUUAGCAUGGGAUUAUGGAAACUUCUCUUCAAUAUAAUGAUCAUGGUUCCUAUCCUCUUUGGGCUUUGGUAUCGUGAGGAAAGGCUUCAAAUAGGUUACUGUGGGCAUGAAAUAAACUUGCCGACAUUUGACAACGCUAACAACAAACCCUGGAUCAAUAACGUCGAGAGAUUCUUGGAUCAGCAUAAGCCUAAAUGUUUGGCAUGCCCGGAAAAUGCCAUUUGUUACCCUUAUAUGAAGAUUAAGUGUAAGCCUGAUUACGUCGUAACCAAGUCUAUCUGGAGCCUACAAGGACUGUUCCCCAUCAGUGACUAUUGCACAAAGGACUCUCGGCGUGAGAAGUUGAUAUCAGAAGUAAUCGCUAAAUCAUUGGAGCUCUUGCGUACCAAAAAUGGAAACAUAAAGUGUGGUGAGGGACAGGAUGACAUUGAGAGCGGUAUAACAGAGGCGGAUCUGUAUACCAUUUUUUAUGAAUCUCGUGCGCCAUCGAUCAACAGUGAAGAGUUUGAAGAGCUAUGGUCUCAGGUCGUAGAAGACUUGAAGAAUGAACCUGAAAUUACAUGGAGGCAAUUACAAACCACUAGAUUUGACUUUGGAGGAGACAGCGACAUUUCCGUUGAAACCAAUGACCUUCCGGAACAGGAGAGACAUUUUCAACUCGGCGGCAAAAACGGGAUUUUUCGCUCGUCAUCCAAGAAGUACAUCGGGAUCCGAUGCAAAUUCGAAAGAGAAGUUCAUCAAACUUAUCAAAAAUUCAAAUUUGUGAUUUGGGCAGUAGUGGGAUUACUGACGAUAAUCAAGACACUUACGCACAAAAUGCGUGCUUAUUACCAAAGACAAGAGAAGAUCGAGCAACUGACGCAACAAGUAAUCAUCAAAUUACAAAACACAGCGAGGGCCUCCGAGAGCUCCAAUUCACCGGCCUACUUAAGUACAGUCCAGUUGAGAGAUGUACUUCUUUCUGAUAUUGUUGACUUAAAGCUGAAAAAUAAGCUAUGGAAGCUAGUUAUGAAAAAUCUAGAACAGAAUAAUACAAAUGUCAAGAGCACUCUCAUGGAAGUCCAUGGUGAAAUUAUGAAGUGUUGGGAGUGGGUAGGACCGUCCGGAGGGUGA